UGGUCACGUUCGAGUGUCGAGCCGGCUGUUUACGAGGUCGAAAGAUUUACAUUCUUGGCAAACUACUCAUUUGAGCCCAUUUUUCCAACAUCAACCAUGAAAGGACGAGUAAUUAUUUAUUCUAUCACCGGCUGUCCGUUCUGUAUGAGAGCAAAGGACAAAAUGCAAAAACUUGGCAUCGAAUAUAUGGACAUCAAUUUAGACACUCACCCAGAGCGACGGGCAGAGGCCAAAAAGAGGACGGGAAAGAACACUGUGCCGCAAAUAUUUUUCAACAAUAUACAUGUCGGUGGAUUCGACGACUUUAAUAAAUUGAGUGAGGCUGAGCUUCAAGAGUUGAUUAAAGAAGUUGAAGAGAAUCCUGCUCCAGCAGAUGCUCCCCAACCACCCACCCCAAAGUCAGAUGCAGCCAAUGGUGGGGAAGCAAUUGACUUCACCUGUGAGCUGGAUGAAUAUGCUCAGCUUGUCAAAGACUUUAAAGAAAGUGGUCUCAUAAAAGAUCGCCGCAAAGGUCUCAUUCAUUGUUACAAAAACUCCUUUAUUGGCAAGGAAGCUGUUGAUUGGCUUGUGACGUCAAAGAAAAUAGAAAGAGAGAAAGCUGUAGAGAUGUGUCGUGAACUUGUAGAGCGCAACUUUGGACAUGGUGUGGAAAAAGGAAAGCACACAGAGUUUAAGGACGACAGUAGCAUUUAUCGCCUCCUCGAAGAUGAUGAAUCGACCGCACUGAACUCUGGGAUGAGCUCUGUUUGUGAGCCACGCCCAGCCCCUGAGAUCGCUGAAGAAUUGCGGCGCUUGAUUCUUAAGUUAUACGGCCAGUUUUUGUCUAAGGAUGGAAAGGGGGUGGAUUACAAUUCCAUGGGAGAUAGUGCAGAAUUUAAAGCCUACAUUAAGCACACAGCUGAACUGCAGCGUGUUAAACUAGAUGGAUUGUCUAGAGAAGAAACUCUUGCUUUCUUCAUUAACAUUUACAACGCUUUGGUUAUUCACGCUACCGUACUCAGAGGACCACCUGCCAACCUUUGGGAGAGAUACAAGUUUUUCAACACCGUAAGCUACAUCAUUGGUGGUCACACGUUUGGCCUCAACGAGAUUGAGAAUGGCAUUCUGCGUUCAAACCGCAAGGCCAUCGGUGCCGUGACCAAGCCUUUCUCGAAGAGUGACCCUCGACUGAGAGUUGCGUUACCAGCUCCUGAGCCAAAGAUUCAUUUUGCUCUGGUUUGUGGAGCCAAAAGUUGUCCACCGAUAAAGACAUAUACCUCGGCGGGAAUAGACGAGGAGUUAUCCCUCGCAGCGGAUUCUUUCUUAGAAGGGGAGGAUGGCUGCGUUCUCAACAUGCCGAAAAGAGAGAUUCGACUUAGCAAAAUUUUCCAGUGGUACAGGGUAGAUUUUGGCUCCAACAACGAAGAGCUCGUUCAGUUUGUUUUGGCACACAUGGGACAAGGCCAGAAAAAGGAUCAGCUGCAGGAAUUACUGAUUAGUGGCAACUUUAAAGUCUCUUUCAUGAAAUAUAACUGGGAUUUGAACUCCAAACACUAAAAAAUAAAGUACAAACCUGCCAAUGUC